UCCGUGUCCGUGAGCUGUGCUGUAGCGCCGCUCCGUUUCUCCGCUGAGCUGCAGCUUCAGCUUCAGACAUGUCGGAGUUCCUGCAGGACCCGUCCGUCCUCACUAAAGACAAGCUGAAGAGCGCGCUGCUGGCCCACAACGUGGCCCUGCCGAACGGGGAGCAGCGGAAGGGCGUGUACGUGGAUCUGUACCUGAAGAACCUGACCGCUCAGAACCGGCGGAGCGCCGCGCCGGAACCCGCCUUCAGCAGCGACGAGGAGCCGCCGGCCCCGGUGCUCAGCGGCCGCAGCCGCUCCGGCAGGAAAGCCACCAGGAAAACGGACCGAGUUCGACCAGAGGAAAUUGAUGUGACUGAACUGACCAACGAAGGACUGAAGGACCAACUUCUGAAGUAUGGAGUUAAUGCUGGACCUAUUGUGGCUUCCACUCGUAAGUUGUACGAGAAGAAGCUCCAGAAGUUACUGGAUCAGGGCCCUCCUGAAACGGUUGUACAACUCUCAGAACCAGCCGUAACCGGCAACAGCCAGAACGGCAAUACCGACUCGGAUCAGUACAGUGAUAAGGAAGAAGAAGCUACAAAAGCAGAACCUGAGCCAGAACCUGAACCAGUGCCUGUGGUGGAGAGACCAAUGAGAAGCAGAGGAAAAGCACCAGUGACCACCAGAACACGCAGCGGCCAACACAAGCAGUUGAAGGAUGACUAUGAAGAGGAAGAUUUCCAGGUCUUAAAUGUUCAGAGAAAAUCGAGGAGGACUUCUCGUAGAGUGGAUCAGACCGUUCCUGCCAGUGAUGAUACUGACUUUUCAGAGCUUUCAGCAGCAGAGACGUUGCCUACUCCUCGAGAGAGAGCAAGGCCAUCGUCAGUUCCUAAAGACCCCAAGCCUCUUCUGGCAGACAGACCCUCAUCGAUCUCCUAUGUGACCAAGAGCAGCUUGAAUGAUUCUUCUAGAUAUUCCAACGUAACUCCGACCCACUCUGCUUUUUAUAAUUUGGAGAAGGACUUUUCCUCAGAGAAGCGUUGUGAAAAGGGACCCCUCUCUGUGAAGAUCGGGAGUCCAAGACACACUCAGUCAUCUACUUGGCAAAAUAGCAAAAAGCUUAGUGAGAGGGGAACUGCUUCUACAGCUGCUCUCAAUGAAGAAGCACCAGGUUCCCUCCUUGAUACGGCUCUUAUUGAGGGUUUAUCUCAGGAGCCUAAAUCUGCCUCGCUGGCCAAACAAGUGAAGCGGUGUGUUCAACUCCAGCCGGCUUCAGCUCAACCGUCUGAAGAUCUGAUUCACAUGAUGUGCCGCCUCUCACCUCCUGCUGCUCUUCAGCCCAAAACUUCCCUCCUUCAGAGCGCUUCAGUGGAUUCACCCCAUCGUCCAGCUACUGAAGAUCCUCCACCAGCCUCGCUGUACUCGUCUAAGGAGGAUUUCUAUGGGUCUUCUUCAGCCCUGCUGAGAGGAAAGCAAACCAAACUGCGCACAUUCCUCUCUCCGGUCACCCCUGUACGUGAGAAGGACAACAGCUUUGGAGAUGAGGGAUCACCACUGAUUGAGAAGUUAUCUGCGGUUGAACAGACCCCAAAAACUCCAGACAGAGAUGUGCUGAAAGAGCUGUUUCCCAAUGAAACCCUCAACACUCCGACAGGCAUCAGUGCUACCCGUCGGCAGCCGAUUAAAGGUGCGGCCGGCCGGUCGUUCAGCGACUCGUGGCGAGACGACCUGCGCCCUCGUCUCACCGAGAUCAGACACACCUCCUCCUCCUCCUCCUCCUCCUCCUACACAGAGACCCGAUCAGCCAUCCAUCGCACAAACGCUGUUCCUCUCAAUGCCCUUCCACUGUCCUCCAUUCUCAAGCCUGCAGCGCCCCCUGCUGUACAGGUGAAGACCCGGCGCCGGCUGCCGGUGUGGCUGCAGCUGCUGCUGCUCAGUGCCGUGGCUGGGUUCCUGUUUUUUGUGUACCAGGCCAUGGAGACCAACGAAAUGAACCCGUUUGGCCAAUCAGCCAGCAGCGGAGCGUUAGGCAGCACCAGCAAAUAAACACACACUUUUUCAUCUCCUGAUCCCAAAAAAAUCCCUCGGCUUCAGACACUCGUUCAAAAAGACGAUCUACAAACACUUCUUCUUCUUCUCUACUUUUACACUUCUUCUUUUUCUUGCAGAAAAUAAUAGAUACUGUGCAUCAAAAACGCUCAAGAUUCAUCAUCUCUGACUGUUUUUCUAACUGGACCUUUCUGACUGAAAAUUCUGCAGGUUUAUGUGAAAAUUUCUGUUUUCUCUUUGUUUUUGUGAAGAAUACAAUUUUCUGAAUAAUUAUUUUCUCCUCUGUUUUUGAGGGUCUAUCUUUUGUAAGAUUCUGAUCUUGGGUGGUUGGGAUUGUUGGUGGCUUUAUUAUUAUUAUUAUUAUUAUUAUUGAUAUUAUUAUAUUUUAAGCUUCAACAUGAAGAUUGAAUGAAGGAUUAGCCAAAGGAGGAGGAAUAAUUAUAAUAAUAAUAAAGCUGUAUGUAUGUAUUUUUGUAAUGAUCUAUCAAAAUAUCUAAAUACGGCAAACUGUGGCUGGAUUCAUGGGUUAGCAAGCACAAAGGUACUGUUCUAAUUUACUUCUAACUCUAAUUUCCCUAACUUUAGUCCAUAGUCACUUAGGCCCAGUCCCAUUUCACCAUUUAGUGCUACCAUUUAACCCUACCCCUCAGUUCUGUGAGUGUCCAAAUUCUUGUCAGGGGUUAUAAGAAUAAAAACAACCAAAGAAACCCACAAAUGUAUUUAUUUUCCUUGUUAAAAAUUGAUUAUCAUGAUUUAUUACCAUAGUUUAAUCUGUAGUUUCAAUGUUUUAUGGCCUUUUUCUAUGCAUGUUAUAAAGAAAAUCGCUAGGCGUUUAUCUCAGCAGCUGGCUCUCUAGCUAAUUUUUCAGUUCCACCUUAAAUAAGUGGUGCUUCAGAUGGCAGAGGCUGCAGCAUUUAAGGUGGAAUGGACAAAUAAAAUAUAAUAAAAGGUAAUACAUUCAGCUCCCCAUUACAGAGAAAUGCGGCAUCUGCCCCCUUUCUGAAGACAUACGAUAAAACACGCCAUAAAGUUGACUAGUUAGCAGUUAAUCACCAGCAGCAGUUAGGUUGCUGAACUUUUUAGCUAGAGCUCCACUGCUGUAAUGCUAUAAUCUGUAUAAUCCAGUUUUUUUAAGGGUUUCCCCAAUUUUUAGGGGUAAAAUCCUUCCUCUUCCUCUUAUAACUCUGUUUAAAGGUGAAAGGUUACACUCAAAAACAAGGGGUUAGGGGUACAAAUUAGUUAUUAGGAAUUGGGCCUUAUAUCUACGUAGCCUUAAACCGAAGUGGACUGCAAAUUGAACUAUACAGCUCUGGAAAAAAUGAAGAGAGCACUUCAGGUUCUGAAUCAGUUUCCCUGAUUUUGCUAUUUAUAGGUUUAUGUUUGAGUAAAAUGAACAUUGUUGUUUUAUUCUAUAAACUACAGACAACAUUUCUCCCAAAUUCCAAAUAAAAAUAUUCUCAUUUAGAGACAUUUAUUUGCAAAAAAACAAAAAAGAUGCAGAGCUUUCAGACCUCAAAUAAUUCAAAGUUUUAAGAGUUCAGAAAUCAAUAUUUAGUGGAAUAAUCCUGUUUUUUAGUUAGUUUUUUUUUUUCAUGCAUCUUGGCAUCAUGUUCUCCUCCACCAGUCUUACACACUGCUUUUGGAUAACUUGAUGCUGCUUUACUCCUGGUAUAAUCUUCCUCUUGAUUAUAUUCCAAAGGUUUCAAAUUUGGUAAGAUCAAAGAAACUCAUCAUUUUUAAGUGCUUUCUUAUAUUUCUCCAGAGCUGUAUAUAUGGUCAUCACAUUGCCCAUGAGUCUGGCUCCACAGUGAGCCACAAAACUAGUUUGUGUUUCAGACGUUUGCUCUUGUAUUUUCCUGUGUAUCUCUGUAAAACUCUUCUUUAAGAGUGUUGUUAAUCCAGUUUAUUUAACACCGUCGCCUCUUAUAGUAUUUUAUGUGUGAAAACUGUCCGCAGUGUAAUGACGUCAUGGAUCAAUUUGAUUCAGUAAUUGAAUUAUUAAACGUUUUUUGUGCCAGUA